UAGAGCAAAGGUCAGCGUGCCCAAAGGUCACCCCCCCCCCCCCCCGCCCCGCCGGCAGGGCGUCCGACUCGACACGGGAGAGGAAGCUGGCAGUGUUGGCGAGAGGCGCCGCGGCGAAGGCUCUGCCCGGAGGACGUGUCUGCUAAGGCUUCAUGGCAUUGCCGCAGAGACUGGUGUGGCCGCAGGCGCUGCUGGGGCUGGCGACGGCCUUCAACCUGAACACCGACCUGGCCCGCGUGCUCACAGGCCCUAAGGGCACGCACUUCGGGUACGCCGUGGCACUCUGGGCGGAUCACAACGACAGCCUCAGGCUGGUCGUGGGCGCCCCCCGUGCCGGCAGCCCCGCCGACGGCUCCCUCCCACUGGGCAGGAUCCACGUGUGCCCGGCCUUCAGCGACCAGUGCCCGCCCGAUGCCCUGAUGCCCCUCCCCACGGAGAAGGGCGAGGCGCAGGCGGCCGUGCGGUCCAGCCGCGUCCUCUCGGCUCAGGGCACCGGCUUCGGAGAGACGCUAUUCGCCGCGGACAGACCGCACUCCAGGCUAGUGGCAUGUGCGCCGCGGUUCGCGAUGCGGCCGCGCCCAGGCUCUCUGCACGGCCGCGGCGCCUGCGUUGCGGUCGACGAGGCGGCCGCCCCCCCGCACGCGGCGCUUUCCAUCGUGCCCUUCAGAGGCAACUUCGUCCGCGCGGGCGGCGGCCCCCGGAGGAACGACCACCGAUACACCGGCAUCGGGAUGGCAGGCUUCAGCGCCGCCCUCGACGCGGCCCAGGACAGCGUGUUUCUGGGUGGCCCGUACGCCUUCUUCGGACAAGGGGUCGUCGCAAGGUCUCCUGCGGCCAGAGGGCGCGCGAAGGAUGUCCUGAGCCGCAGCACCUUCGGGCCGCCCGAGCUGGACUUCUCGGGCGAGGGCUGGGCCACCGUGCUGGGCCGCUUCGAUGGCGUCACGGAGAUGGUGGCCACGUCGGCGCCCAACGCGGACCACGCCCGCGGCUCGAUCGCGUUCUACGAGGCGGCGAGUCUGCGGCCGGCGAAGGUGCCCCGGCUGGCGGGCACCGGCCUCGCCGCCAAGUUCGGCUUCAGCCUAGCGGCCGGCGACUGGGACGGCGACGGCGCCGCGGACCUGGCGGCGGGCGCGCCCCUCGCCCACGACGGCAUGGGCGCGCCCGACGCCGGGGCUGUCUACGUGUACUACGCCCCAGCCAAGACGGUGUCGCCGAGGCCAGCGCUCGAGGUCCAAGGGCGCACCGCGUGGGCACGCUUCGGCCACGCCCUCGCCUGCCUGGGAGACAUCGAUAGGGACGGCUUCGACGACCUGGCCGUGGGCGCGCCCUUCGACGGUGACGGCGGCAGCGUGCACGUGUUCCACGGGCGCCCCGAGGGGCUGGGCUCCGAGCCGACCCAGGUCCUCCGAGCGUCCGAUUUCGACGGGUCUCUUCGCGGCUUCGGCUUCAGCAUCGACGGCGGUAUUGACAUGGACGACAAUGGCUACCCUGACGUCCUAGUCGGCGCCGCUACGUCGGACAGUGCAGUGUUCAUCAGGUCGGCCCCGGUGCUGGCGGUCGAGGGCGCGGUCACCUUCGUCCCGCCCGAGGUCAGCCUGGGCAACAGGUCGUGCAGCGUGAGCGGCGAGCGGGCGCGCGGGGAAGCCGUCGUCUGCCUCCGGGUGGAGGUUGCCCUUGCCUUCAGCGCCGGCCGGGGGGCGGAGGGCCAGCCCGUCGACGUCACGCUGCAGCUGGACCCCCAGCAGGGCAGACUCGUCUUCGUGAGCCACGAGCAGAGCCAAAUAAGCUACCGAGCGAACCUGAGCGCAGAGGGCGGACCCGCCGACGUCAGGACGUUUGAGGUCUACGUCUUGCCCGGACGCCCGCGGAUCGACUUGCCCCUGGCGGCUGCGGCGAGCAUAGCCCUAUUGCCCUCGCAGGAGGAUCCGCAGGUGGAUCCGCAGGUGGGGCCAGGGCCCGCAGGUGAAGCGACGCGCGUGCCACCUGUCCUCGCCCAGAACCGCCCCCGCGUCAUCCAGGGCCACGGCAGACUGACUUGCGAUGACCCCCUGACCUGCUUCUCGAGUCCGGACCUCUCGCUCACGGCCGCGCCAGGGCAGAGUCUGACGGCGGGCGAGGAAGCGCGCAUCGCGGUGGAGCUUUCCGUGGGCGUCGCCGCGGCCCCGGCGGUGCGGCUGACGGUGUCCUUCCCGGCGCCGCUCUCCUUCCGGCACGUGUCCAGCCGUCGGCUGCUCCCGCAGUGCCAGCCCUCGGCGGCGGGGCCCUCGGCGGCGGGGCCGUCGGCGGCGGGGCCCUCGGCGGCGGGGCCCUCGGCGGCGGGGCCCUCGGACCGCAGCACGGUGGUCUGCAGCUUCCAGUCAGAGCUUCGGCGGGACAUGAAGAUCCCGCUCGUGCUGACCUUCGCCGCCGCGCCCCUGGCCCUCGCCGACCUCCUGCUGACCGCCCCCGGCGCCGCGCUGCGCCUGCGCUUCACCGCCAGCAGCGACAGCGAGGACCUGCAUCCCGAGGACAACAGCCUGGAUCUGGCCGUGCCCCUUCGCCUGCACCACCACGUCUUCGCCCUCGGGUCCUCCGCUCCCGAGGCCGUGCAGGCGUUCGCCAACCAGUCCCUCAACCUGCAGGAGCUCAUGGACCCUCGAGUUCCCUCAGACACCCCGCCCGCCCGCCUCGGCCCGCCCGUCGCCUUCACGUACACGCUCGCGAACCACGGGCCGUCGCCCCUCGUCGGAGCCAAGUUGGUGCUGGACGUCCCCUUGCGUGUGCCCAGCGGCCUGCCUCUGUUUUACCUGGUUGAGGCUCCAGUGGGCUCUCCGGCGCUCUCGUGUUCAGGGCCGGCGCUCAACCCUCUCGGAUUCCAGGUGUCCAGGGACGCAGCGCAGUCAGACGCAGCGGGCGCAGCCGAGCCUCCGCCCGGAGUGGCGACUUUUCCCGCAGCCGACGGCAACCCGACGGCGGCGGCGACGGAGAGGAACAGGAGGAGCAUCCACCGAGACUUCCCGUCGGCCUCGGCGCCGCGCGAGGCGUCUGCGGAGGCCCUCAGCGGACCCAUGGACGACCGCAGUCACCUCAUCCUCUCCUGCGACAACAUCGUCUGCGAGAGCUUCGUGUGCGAGCUGCCGCCGAUGCUGAGCGGAGACAGCGUGGCGGUGUCCGUGGCUGGAUUCCUGGUGGUCUCCACGCUCGAGACCGCUCGGCACGGCCUCCUUAUGGUCGAGUCCGCCCUCAGCGUGGAGACGCGCCAGGCGGGCGGCAACACCUCCCGCCCCUCGCGCCUGGCCGCCGUCCGGACGCCCGUCUACGUCCUCAGGGAGCGGGCCCCCCACGAUCUCCUGUCGCUCGACUGGUUCUACUACGUGGCGGCUGCCACGGCCGGCCUCCUCCUCGUCGUCGUCCUCGUCGCCGUCCUACACAAGAUUGGUUUCUUCAAGCGGACGCGCUUCCAGCCCUUGGCCUCGGGAGACGACGCAUGCGAGCGGGAGGCAGUCCUGGGCGGCCUUUCGCAGGAGUGAGGCGCAACGCCCUUAACCUCGGGCGCCGGCGGGCAUGUGGGCAGCGCCUUCCGAUCGGGACCGGCGAUGACGGGCUUGCCGCGGCGCAGCGACGAGAGAGCAAGUGUCGUGAACACGCCUUUCGUUGGCCC